AUGACUCAAAUGAUCAAGGAUAAUAUGCCAGCUCCGGUUGCCUCUGGCCCAGGACAUCUUGAUAGUUGCUUUAUAGAGAAGUUUAAGAAGUUAGGGCCACCAAUCUUUAAGGGACAUGGCGGAAUGGAGAAAGCUAAAUGGUGGCAGAUGCAAGUUGAGAAAAUCUUUAGGAUCUUGCAAUGCACAGAUGAGCAGCAGUUGAGGUUGGGUACCUACAUACUAAAAGGGGACGCUGAGCAUUGGUGGCAUUCAGUUCAGCAGGCUUGGGAAGAAAUGGGGAUAGCAUCUACUUGGGAAGAAUUUUUAGGGGCCUUUAACGAAAAGUAUUUUCUUGACUCAGUAAAGGAGAGAAAGGAAGUAGAGUUCAUAGAAUUACAGCAAGGGAAGUUGACUGUGGAACGUUACACAGCUAAGUUCUCAGAGUUGUCUCGAUAUGCGCGGCACAUUAUUGAUAUGGAGGCUCGUAAAGAAAGUAAGUUUGAGAGGGGCCUUAGACCAGAUAUUCAAGGAAGGGUAAUGGCGGCCAAUCUUAAGACUUUCUCCCCACUAGCAGAUUUGGUCAGAAAGAUAGAGAGAGAUUGCAAUUGA